AUGGAGCCGAUGGAAAACUCAUCCAAGCAAUCGAAACUGAUUCCACCAUUGCCAAGGGACCCAAGGGGCUCACUCGAAGUGUUUAAUCCAUCGACUUUAUCAACCCGACCCGUUAACCCGGCAUUUCGCCCGCACCCCAUUUGGGAAAACUUGACAGAGCGACGCGGUGAGGAAGAAGCCGACACUUGCAAGCUAGCCUCUAAUUCGGGUCGGGUUGAGGAAAUUACAUCAUGGAUGGCACUCAAAGAACCGAGUGCUCCUGCACUGUCUUCACUAGCGUCGUCGCAGCACGUUCAUAAGUUCUCCGGCGAUCAAAAUGGCGGUGGGACCGCGAGUCCGAAACCUUCCGACGAAGCCGGAGUGGCCGCAAAGAGAGCAGCGGAAUGGGGGUUGGUACUGAAAACGGAUAACGAGACGGGUAAACCGCAGGGAGUUGUUGUUCGGAAUUCGGGCGGGGAUGACCCGAAUGCCAAGCCGGGUACCUCUAGUAGGAAUUCGAAUAAUUCGGUUCGGAGCUCCGAAGAAUUGGAUAAUGAGAAUAGCAAGGAGAGAGGGUUCCCUAGAGUAUCCGAGGACUUGAAGGAUGCAUUAUCAACGUUCCAACAAACGUUUGUUGUUUCGGAUGCUACCAAACCCGAUUACCCGAUUCUAUAUGCGAGUGCCGGGUUUUUUAAGAUGACCGGAUACACUUCAAGGGAAGUCAUAGGCAGGAAUUGUCGGUUUUUGCAGGGAGCGGGUACGGACCCGGAAGACGUGGCGAAGAUUAGGGAAGCAUUGCAGGCAGGGAAAAAUUAUUGCGGGAGAUUGUUGAAUUACAAGAAGGAUGGGACCCCUUUUUGGAAUCUUCUUACAAUUUCACCCAUCAAGGACGAAAAUGGAAAGGUCCUAAAGUUCAUCGGAAUGCAAGUGGAGGUGAGCAAGCAUACGGAAGGUGCCAAGGAAAAGGUGAUGCGCCCCAAUGGAUUGCCUGAAUCCUUGAUUCGAUACGAUGCCCGGCAAAGGGACAUGGCUGCAGGAUCGGUCACAGAGCUGGUGGAAGCAGUUAGGAAGCCACGUUCACUUAGUGAAUCAUCAAAUGGUCCUUUCACUAGAAAAUCAGGCGGUGGAGAAGAAGAUGAAGAAGAAGGCGGUGUAUCUAUGGCGAGGCGAAACUCAGAAAGCGUGCCUCCUCAUAGAAGGAACUCCAAUGGUGGUAUGCGGCUUUCAAUGGAACGUAUCAGUGAAGUUCCUGAGAAGAAACCCAGAAAAUCCACUCGUCUUUCUUUCAUGGGGCUUAUGAGGAAAAGCCAGUCUACUGCAGACAGCUUUGACAAUAGCCUGCUGGUGGAUGCUGAUGAGGACGAAAGUGAUUAUGAUGAUGAGAGGCCAGACAGUGUUGAUGACAAAGUUAAAAAGGAAAUGAGAAAGGGUAUUGAUUUGGCCACCACGCUUGAACGUAUAGAGAAAAACUUUGUCAUUACCGAUCCCAGGUUGCCUGAUAAUCCCAUUAUCUUUGCCUCUGAUAGCUUCUUGGAGCUGACAGAGUACAGUCGUGAGGAAAUCCUGGGCAGAAAUUGCAGAUUUCUACAAGGCCCCGAAACUGAUCCGGCUACUGUAAGGAAGAUUCGAGAGGCAAUUGAUAACCAGACAGAAGUAACUGUGCAGCUCAUUAACUACACUAAGAGUGGCAAGAAAUUCUGGAACCUGUUCCAUCUACAGCCUAUGCGUGAUCAGAAGGGAGAAGUACAGUAUUUCAUCGGAGUGCAGCUAGAUGGCAGCGCCAAAGUCGAUCCGCUUCAUAACUGCAUUCCAGAUACUGCUGCACAAGAGGGUGAACAACUGGUGAAACAAACUGCAGAAAAUGUCGAUGAAGCAGUGAGGGAACUUCCGGACGCCAACAUGAAUCCCGAAGAUCUAUGGAUGAGUCAUUCCAAGUUGGUUCACCCUAAACCUCACAGGAAGGAUACCCCCUCUUGGAGAGCUAUUCAAAAGGUACUUGACAGUGGAGAAAAGAUAAGUCUAAAACAUUUUAGGCCUGUAAAACCAUUGGGAUCAGGUGACACUGGCAGUGUUCAUUUGGUGGAACUAUGUGCUGGCCUGCACUUUGCGAUGAAAGCUAUGGAUAAAAAUGUUAUGCUGAACCGCAACAAGGUGCAUAGAGCUUGUGCAGAAAGAGAGAUUCUUGACAUGUUGGACCACCCUUUUCUUCCAGCAUUAUAUGCAUCAUUUCAGACCAAAACACAUAUUUGUCUGAUCACGGACUACUGUCCUGGUGGCGAACUUUUCAUCCUUUUGGACCGACAACCAAAGAAGGUCAUGAAGGAAGAUGCAGUGAGAUUUUAUGCAGCAGAGGUUGUUAUUGCAUUGGAGUACCUUCACUGUCAAGGGAUUAUAUACAGAGAUUUGAAGCCUGAAAAUGUUUUACUCCAGGGCAACGGGCAUGUUGCCUUGACUGAUUUUGAUUUAUCUUGUUUGACAUCUUGCAAACCACAGCUGCUGAUCCCAGCUACGGAUGAAAAGAAAAAACGGAAGAAAAGCCAGCAGAAUCCGAUCUUUAUGGCCGAACCAAUGCGUGCAUCGAAUUCUUUUGUGGGGACCGAAGAGUAUAUAGCUCCGGAAAUUAUCACCGGGGCAGGCCACACCAGCGCUGUAGACUGGUGGGCUCUAGGCAUUCUUCUCUAUGAAAUGCUCUAUGGAUACACGCCAUUCAGGGGAAAGACAAGGCAGAAGACAUUUGCCAAUGUUCUGCAGAAAGAUCUUAAAUUUCCCAGAAGCAUACAAGUAAAUCUCCAUGCAAAGCAGUUGAUAUACCGCUUAUUGCAUCGAGAUUCGAAAAACAGACUAGGUUCGCGUGAAGGCGCCAAUGAAAUCAAACGACAUCCAUUCUUCAAAGGCGUAAAUUGGGCUUUGGUUCGAUGGAUGAACCCACCUGAGCUUGAAGUUCCAAUCUCCACAACUGAAAUUGUGAAGGAAGAGAAAGCAGAGGACCCUGAACUACAAGAUCUGCAAAUCAAUAUUUUCUGAGUUACUUCGCCAUUAGAGGCUUCUGGUUUGCUCCAAAAUGUGGCUUUGGGAAUGGCAGUGUUCAUUGCAAUGCCAUCAACAAGCAGCCGAGCCACGAAGUUGAUUGCAAAAGGAAAGAUUUUUGGUUUUUGAUUGUGUGUUUCUUUGAUGUUUUGCAUAAUGUUGGAUGCUUUCUUUUUUUGUAUUAAUAGUUGCUUGUAAUUUUUUCUGUAAACUAUGUUGAUUGGUAAAUAAAAAUCAGUUUGGUU